AAACACACAACCUAUUCACAUUAACAAUGCAAUUCACCAAGUUUAUCGUUGCCUCCGUUGCCACCGUCGCUUCCGUUCAAGCUGCUAACGCUUCCAACUCCUCCUCCUCCUCCUCUGGUUCCAAUGGUGUUACUUACCAAAUUGGUGCUGGUGCCAUUGGUGCUGCUGUUGCCGCUGGUGUUGCUUUGCUUUACUAAGCGUUUUAAUUCAUUAGCGCUUUUAGCAGAUUUUAAUACUCUUGAAGAGUACUAGCCUGUUUUCUAUGUAUGUUUAUUUGGUUAUUAUUUUGUAUAGACGUUCACUAAUAAAUCCUUGAAUGUUUAGGCUUAAAAAAA